UGUCCGCCAUUACUAGGUGUGUGUGUUGUAUGCAUUUGGUGGCUGGAGCUCAAUUGAAAGUGAUGAUGAGCCAAAUUAUGUGAAUUUAAAGAAUAUUGGUGAUUUUAUAGUGUUGAUGAUCAAAUGUGAAUAAACUUCGUAACCUAAAUAAUACAGAACAGAAAAUACAAGUUUUGAAAUCGUUAAAUCAUGACAGAACAGAAAGUUAAUGGGGUCAAUGGGACCUGCUCAGAUGAUGAGGAGGAGAAGUCCCAGAGGCCGGUAGAUAUAGAGGCUGAUGUUCGGGAGAUGGAGAGAAGGAAGAGGGUGGAGGCCAUCAUGCACAGCAAGAUGUUCCGUGAGGAGCUGGAGCGUGUGGUUGGAGACAGCCUGAGAGAAGGUGGAGCUGACGGUAUCUCCGCUCUUCUUAGCGAUGUCAUGAAUAUUAAAUCUGGAAGUCCGAGCGCGGUAAUACCAAUAAAUGAUAUUAGAGGUCUUGACUCUCUUGUUUACGCUAAAGGGGAGAAACAGCUCAGGUGUAAGCUGGCAGCUGUUUACAGAUUAAUAGAUUUACAUGGCUGGACUCAAGGAAUAUAUAAUCAUGUCACGGCACGCAUCAGUCAAGACACUGAACACUUUCUGUUAAAUCCGUUCGGAGUUCUCUACAACGAGGUCACGGCCUCCAGCCUCGUUAAAGUCAAUAUGCAGGGAGAAACCGUUGAAGAGGGAACUACAAACUUUGGCGUGAACAAGGCGGGCUUCGUCCUUCAUUCGGCGAUUCAUGCCGCUAGACCGGACAUUAAGUGUAUUAUUCACCUACACACUCCAAACAUUGUCGCGGUUUCCACUAUGAAGUGUGGACUGAUGCCCCUGUGUCAGGAGGCAUGUUUGAUUGGAGAUGUUUCCUACCAUUCAUACAGAGGUUUGGUGGUGGACGAGGAGGAAAAGAUUUCUCUUGCUAAAGAUCUCGGGCCUAAUAACAAGGUUAUGUUCCUGCGUAACCAUGGUGUUGUAUGCUGUGGGCGGACUAUUGAGGAGGCGUGGUUGAUUACUUACCACACUGUACUAGCUGUAGAUACACAGUUGAAGAUGAUGCCCUACGGGAUGGAUAAUCUGGUCCUGAUAGAUGAGGAUACACGAGCCCGUGUAUAUGAACAGGGUAUGCGAGGUGGAGGUGGUGUCAACAUAUCCAAGAAGGACUGGGGGGUCGGGGAGCUCGAAUUCGAGGCUCUGAUGAGGAUGCUCGAUAAUUCAGGUUUCCGUUCUGGAUAUGUUUACAUUGAACCCCUGGUUAAAAAGGAACCAGCACGUCAGAUAAGUGAUGUUGAGUUACCUCCCACUGUUUCCAAUCUUGGAUAUCUGCUAGAGGAAGAGGAACUCUACAAGGAUGGUCCUCUUCAGAGCUUACUUGCGCAGAUGGCGCGUGCCAGCAGAAGCAGUAACAAAACCAAAUGGGUCAACUCGCCUAAUGUCUACCAAAAGGUUGAAGUCCUAGAAACUGGAACUACUGAUCCAAAGAAGAUCACCAAGUGGGUUUCUGACGGAAGUCCUUCACACAACAAUGCCAUCAAGAUUGAGAAACCAAACCAGUUCGUUCCACUCAACACAAACCCCAGGGAGUUCAAGAAGGUUCAGAAAAUGAUGAAGGAGGGAAGGAGAAUCGGAGGUGUACACGCUGGUCCUGAGAGCCGAGUAUUGGAAGGUGUAAGCUGGGAUGAAGCAAGGCAGAUGCAGGAUGCUCAGCCAUCAAAUCUAGGAGAUAAUCAUUACGAGAUGAAGGUUGGAGCCGCCAGUAAAGGAAUUAUUCAAAGAGAUUUCCAGCAUCACGCUACAGUCUACAAAUCGCCGUAUGCUAAGGUAUUUGAUUAAAGAAUUGGGCUCCAU